AUGAAGAGCCCAAACAUGGAGACGUUCAAGCAGCAGGAGGUGGAGGACUUUUAUGACAUCGGGGAGGAGCUGGGGAGCGGCCAGUUCGCCAUCGUGAAGAAGUGCCGGGAGAAGAGCACGGGGCUGGAGUACGCGGCCAAGUUCAUCAAGAAGCGGCAGAGCCGGGCCAGCCGGCGGGGCGUGUGCCUGGAGGAGAUCCAGCGGGAGGUGAGCAUCCUGCGGCGGGUGCUGCACCCCAACGUCAUCAAGCUGCACGACGUCUUUGAGAACCGCACCGACGUGGUGCUCAUCCUCGAACUAGUGUCCGGAGGAGAGCUCUUCGACUUCCUGGCCCAGAAGGAAUCCCUGAGUGAGGAGGAGGCCACCAGCUUCAUUAAGCAGAUCCUGGAAGGGGUGAACUACCUUCAUGCCAAGAAAAUCGCUCACUUUGAUCUCAAGCCAGAAAACAUUAUGUUGUUGGACAAGAAUAUUCCCAUUCCACACAUCAAGCUGAUUGACUUUGGCCUGGCUCAUGAAAUAGAAGAUGGAGUUGAAUUUAAGAACAUUUUUGGAACACCAGAAUUUGUUGCUCCAGAAAUUGUGAACUAUGAGCCCCUGGGACUGGAGGCUGACAUGUGGAGCAUCGGUGUCAUCACCUACAUCCUCCUCAGUGGAGCAUCCCCCUUUCUGGGAGACACGAAGCAGGAAACGCUGGCAAAUAUCACAGCAGUGAGUUACGACUUUGACGAGGAAUUCUUCAGCCAGACCAGCGAGCUGGCCAAGGACUUCAUUCGGAAGCUUCUGGUUAAAGAGACCCGGAAGCGGCUCACAAUCCAAGAGGCUCUCAGUCACCCCUGGAUCACGCCGGUGGACAACCAUCAAGCCCUGAUACGCAGGGAGUCUGCGGUCAAUCUGGAGAACUUCAAGAAGCAGUAUGUCCGCAGGCGGUGGAAGCUCUCCUUCAGCAUUGUCUCCCUGUGUAACCACCUCACCCGAUCCCUGAUGAAGAAGGUGCACCGGAGGCCGAACGAGGACCUGAGGAAUUGUGAGAGUGACACGGAGGAGGACAUCGCCAAAAAAAAAGCCCUCCGCCCCCGGAGGAGGAGCAGUAUCUCCUAA